UGUCUUGUGGGACACAAAGACAGAGGCAACAGCAAAAGCUGUAAAAGCAGCACCUAUGUGUUUAUCGGGCCACUCAAAACCAUGCCAGCCAUUGUCACCUGUUGUUAUGCCAUUAUAGUGACCUGUAGGUAGGACGAUGGAAAAGAGUGAAAGACUUCAAGGGGGGGAAGAGGAGAGCAGUUCAUGGUCACCUAUGCAGAGAGAGCGCUCUUAUACAGGGGGAUCUGACAGCUCUGGACUCAAGAGGAGGAAGCAGCAACCAGACUCACAAACCCAAGUAUCAGAAUUAAAGGAACCCAGGAACAAAAGAGUUAAACCUGUCACCAAAACUCUGUCUGCCACCUGCACCCCCUCUCCAAACAAAGUUACCCCUCUAAAGAAGCUCAGCCUCUCCAUCCAGCGAUCUAUUGGUAGCAGGAAUGACAGCCGCUUAUUCAGUUUCACACCGCGGAUGCGUAACCGGGAUCCUGGGAGCGGGACUAAGAGAAGGAGCAGUAAAUUGUGGAGUGAAACAUUUGAUGGCACUGGAGAGGAACUUUCUGCUCGAGAGAUCAAGAGACAAGAGGUUAUAUUUGAACUAAUGCAGGGGGAGCACAUGCUGAUAGAGGAUCUCACUAUAGUAAAGAAGAAUUACUAUGAACCUAUGUUAAAGUUGUCUAUCAUGUCUGAGGAAGAGCUGGCUCAGAUCUUCAGCAUCCUGGACACACUGCCCCCUCUGCACCAGGGCCUCUUGGAUCGACUGCUCCGGUUGAGGCGUGAAGAUGGCACUGUGGAGCUUGUGGGUCCAACUAUGCUUGAGUGGCUUCCCUGUCUUCACAAAUACAAUACCUACUGCUGUAAUCAAGUUGCAGCCAAAGCUUUGCUGGAUCACAAAAGAUGUAAUCUUGCUGUUCAGAAUUUCCUGCGACUUUGUCAGGAAUCUGCGUUUAGCCGCAAGCUAGACGUAUGGAGCUUCCUAGACCUUCCUCGGAGCCGGCUGGUUAAGUAUCCACUGUUACUGAAGGAGCUACUUAAGAACACAGCACCAGAUCACCCCGACCACACUCCUCUCAGCCAGGCGGUGAACUUGAUCCAGGAUAUUGUAAGUGUGAUAAACAGUAAGACUGGUGAAGCCGAGUGUCAGUAUUACCGUAGACGCCUCUCGUAUCUGUAUGAAGAUCAGGAUGAAGGAUACGUGUCUCGUUCUCGUCUCCUGCAUUGUCAUGGAGAACUCAAAAAUAACAAGGGACAGAGGCUUCACGUCUUCUUGUUUGAAGCUGUGCUAGUUCUCACGCGUCCGAUUACACAAAACGAUCAGCUGCAGUUUCAGGUUUUCAGACAACCGAUCCCCCUUCCAGAACUGAUACUGGAGGACUUACCGGAUGGAGAAGUCCGUGUUGGUGGUUCCAUCAGAGGGGCAUUUACCACUGGCAAUGAGCGAGCUAAGAACAUUUUCCGCGUGAGUUUUCAGGACCGAUCACGAGGACAGUCGCAUACGCUACAAGCCAAUGACACAUUUAACAAGCAGCAAUGGGUGAACUGCAUCCGCCAGGCAAUGGUAUCAAGCAGGGAACGCAUGGCCAGCCGGAGGCUGACCCAGGACGCUCAAUGCACUUUGGUGGACAUCUCAGUUCUCAGUAUAGGCUGUAAUGAGGACAGUGAAGACACGGUGGAUGGUUAACGAGGAAUUAUGCACCGGGCAGCUCUAGGCCAUGCAAGCUGGUAUUCAAAAGGCAACUUAUUACACCUGUGACUGGUGUCCUCAUCAAGAUGCAAUGCCGAAUUUAAGUGACUUUUUUAUGAUAUAACAACCCCUGUGUAUAAAGUUAUAUACAAGGAGAUGGUUGUCCAGCUAGACUGGUGGUUGUGGAAGAUGAACUUUCUAAUACUGUAGACCUUCCAUAAAUAUCCAAGUCACCUAUUUUUUUAUAUUAAAAAAAAAACAAAAAAAAAAACAGGGGGCUGCAAAAUGCGUAAGGCAUAUCCUUUGAAUACUUCUCUUUAAAGGGACAGUAAAGUCAUCAUUAGACAUUUAUGAUUUAUGCAGAUAAUACAAUUUUAAACAACUUUUCAAUUUACUUCUAUUAUUUAAUUUGCUUCCUUCUCUUGUUAUCCUUUGCUGAAAGGUUUAUCUAGGUAAGCUCAGGAACAGCAAAGAACCUAGGUUCUAGCUGCUGUUUGGUGGCUGCAUAUAUCUACCGAUUGUCUUGGCUCAUACCAAGAGAAUGUAGUAAAUUUAAUUAAAAAAAGUAAAGUGGAAAGUUGUUUAAAAUUGUAUGUUCUACCUAAAUCAUGAAAGAAAAAUGUUGGGAUUCAUUUCCCUUUAUAUCUCCUUACCUACUAUGCAUAGAAAGUUUUAAAGUUAGUACAAUUAUACCAGGUUGCACUUAAUGGGGUCGGGAUUAAAAAAAUAUAUUUUUUUAAUGAAAGUCUAUAAACCAGAUUUCCUGAAAUUAUAAUUACCCUAACUCAUGCAAUAUUAUCUUCAUCUGUAUAGUAGUUUAAUUUGUGUAGCAUGAUGCUAAGACUUUUAUAUAAUUAAAGGGACAGUAAACACCUUGUAAUUACAAGACAUUUCUGUUUUGUUGCUAUAGAAUAACACAUCAGCCAAGUCAUAACAUUUUAAAAACAAAUUAACAUCCUUUUUACUACAAUUAUUUUUCAUUAGCCAAACUCCACUCACUGUUUGCCUCAUUUGGAGGAGCCAAUCAGGGCUUUAAUCCACAGACAACAGGGCUAGCAGUGGCCAUAAAGUUAAUAUAAAACUGCAUUGUUUUGCAAUUGUUUUCUGAUCCAAUUAGGGACUGAUAUGUAGCAGAGUUAACCUUAAGAAGUCAGCAGGGUACAUUUCAAGUUGUGAGAAUUAAAAAAUUGCUCAAAAUUCAGAGCUAAAUUACAUGAAAAGGGGGAAAAUAAAUAAUGAAAGUAUAUUGCAUAGCUGUUUCAUUACAAAUAAAUAAAUAUUUUAUAUAAAAAUCUUAGUCUUUACCUGUCCCUUUAACAAUUCUGGAACCUUUAGGGGGCACACCUACAAAAUCUAAAUCAUAAAAAAAAAAAAAAAAAUACAAUUGUGAAAUAUAUAUACUCUGAGUCCCAAAUGGUAAAAGAAACUUUAUUUUUUAGAGUUAGAGUUUCUUCAAACUGAAGCAGGGAAGUGCAGUCCUCCACAAUAUAUCCCUAAAGGCAGCAAUUCUUCCCAUAAAAAGGUCAGCUUCACACAAGUCAUAUAAUGUGAUACAUGGUACAGAUCACCCUAAUACAGGCAACGUGUAAAGAUCUCCAAUUGAUAUCUACCCACAAAGGUAGAAUAACCCCAAUGUGCUGUAUGGAGAAGGCUGAACAAUUCCAUUGGCUCAGCUCACUGUAUUCCCAACUCUGGAACUCAUAGCUCCAAAUAGCCCAUAUAACUAUCAGACUCUAAGUAGUAAUAUCAAAUUUAUUUAUUAAAAAUAACAAUAAAAAGCCUCACACCGGCUAUUAAAAACAAUGAGGCCGAAUUAUCAAAGGUCUUGCAGACCGACAGUGCGGAUCAGGUUCGCAAGACCUCGCUAAAUGCGGAGAGCAAUACGCUCUCCGUAUUCAGCAUUGCACCAGCAGCUCACAAGAGCUGCUGGUGCAAUGCCGCCCCCUGCAGAUUUGCGGCCAAUGGGCCGCCAGAAGGGGGUUGUCAAUCAACCCGAUCGUACUCGAUCGGGUUGAAUUCUGGCGAUCUUUGUCCGCCUGCUCAGAGUAUUGUUUUUUUACAUGUAUACAGAUAAUAAAUAAAAAGCACCAAAUACAGAAAGGACGAAAAUAAAAAUAAUACGUAUAUCAUUACUACAAGCAAUAAUGAAAUAGAGUUUGUACAAGUAUAGUCAUAGAAUUGUAUAGACUCUUAACAUCAGAGUAGAUACAGCAAAAAAAAAAAUAUAUAUCUAUAUCAUUACAGUAGUAGGUGCACAUUCAAGAAUUACAAAUGGCAUAAAGAUACAAUACAUUAAUAGAUUUACAUAGAUACUAUUAUGCCAGUUUUACUUAUGCUUUCUUAUCAGCACAAAAGAAAAGACAACCAAAUAGUGCGUAAUUAUAUUUAUGGAAAUAUAAAUAGGGCACAGGCCUGAUAUUACACACCCUCUAUCUUAGAGUUGAGAUAAUGGCCCACUUAUUGUAUAUAUAAUUUAACUGCACGGUAAUUAGCAGGCUGUUGUCUUUAUACUGCAUGUAGAUAUAGAACUAGGAAAAAAGAGAGACAAAAAAUAAUACUUGGAAUCCUAUUAUCCUAUAAACCACUGGUUAGUAAGGUUAUAAAAGGUAUGUGUGUGCUAUGCAGAUAUGAUACUUACACCUGAUGAAACGGUUGUUAUACCGAGAAACGCGUAGUGGAUUGGGUAUCAAAUAAACUACCUAUUUUAUUUCA